AUGCCGCCACGACGUCGGCGGCUCCGGAGGCCAGGCGCCCUCUCGGAACUCCCUCCCCUUCGCAUCGUCACGCAGAUCGCCGCGCUGCAGUCCGUAUACUACUCGGCGGCCAUCCUCCUCACGCUCUUUACCUCGCUCGUAGCGGGUCUACCGUUUGGGCUGGACCUCGUCUUUGGGUGGGAGGCUGUGAGGGGGGACACGACGCAGGGGUGGUUGAUGGCUUUUGUGUGGACUUUGACGGGAGGUCUAUGCUUGGGCGCUGCCAUCAUUAUCCUCGUCGCGCGCAGUAAACUCGUCCCCGACUUCGCUCUCACAACACACUUCAUCCACCUCGUCAUAUGCACCUUCUACACGGGCCUCCUCCCGCGAAACGCCAUGUGGUGGGGCACCAUGGGCGCGUCGAGCGCCGUGGCCAUCGGGCUGGGCGUCUGGGGCUGUCGGUACCGCGAGCUGCGGCCCAUUUCAUUCGGGGGUGGAGGCGCCGCGAGGAGGGAUGUGGAGAAUACGGCUGGUGCUGCUGGGGAUGCGGCUGGUGGGCAGGACGGCAAUGACGGGGAGGGAUAUUCGAGGGGGAGAGGGAGGGGACGAGGGAGGGAUGGGGCAGGGGAGUAUGAGCUUGCGAGGAUGGGGGAGGAGGAUCCGAGGUUGAAGUAG